AUGGCAUCAAACACUAACCACCCUCCAGGCCCCCUAAACCCUCCCGUCAACGACAAAAAUCCAAAAUCCCGAUCCCCUCCACCAGCUCUCACACCAAUGUUCCCACCCCACCAGCUCGUGCCAGACAGCUAUACCCACCCCGACCGCUUCCCUUACAGCGCCUACCUCCGCUCAAAACACCCCGAUAUCUGGCAAGCCAACGCCGAUAGUGUUUCUGGAGCGUUUAAAGCUCCACUCACAGAUGUGAAUCCUCCAAUUAACCCAGUCGCAGUAGCCAUCAAAGCCACUGAAGAAUACCUCCGAACACACACACCCAUGACAACCAGACAGUGCUCUACCCCACCACUCCCGCUUUCUCCGCCAUACGUAACGCCCGUUGAGCGCCCAGGUAAUAGCCGCUACGACCCCGAGCACGGGGGCUGGAUUGCGCGAACUGGGAAUGGGAAGGGGAAGGGCCCGGCGAAGAGGGUUGCAUUUAAUCUGGAGACGGAGAUAUUGGGCGAUUUUGAGAAGUACGGGAAGCUGGAGAAAAAGAAAACCAAGGAAGAGGAGAAGAGGGAAAAGCGGAGGGCGGAGUUGAAGGGGAGUAUCUCGGAGCCUAUCGGACUGAUUACGGAGGCAAGGAAGAGGAGGGAGGAGAAAAAGGCGGGGAGAGCAGAGUGA